AUGGAUUAUGUUAAUGCACCAGGAAGAAAUCGUUUCUUUGUUCCAGGGCCGGUUAACAUACCCGACCAGGUUAUUCGGGCUAUGAGCCGAAACAACGAGGACUAUUGUUCUCUUGCAAUUCCAGCUCUAAAAAAAGUGCUACUUAAGGAUGUCAAAAAGAUUUUCAAGACUACUACUGGAACACCGUUUCUUUUCCCUACAACUGGUACUGGUGCUGGGGAGAGUGCUCUGACAAACACAUUGUCACCUGGAGAUCGGAUUGUGUCUUUCGUGAUAGGCCAAUUAAGUUUGCUUUGGAUUGAUCAGCAGCAAUGCCUUAAAUUUAACAUUGAUGUUGUGGAAUGUAAAUGGGGCCGUGGCGCCGAUCUCGACGUUUUGGAAUCAAAACUUGCUUCAGAUUCUGCACACACCAUAAAGGCUAUUUUCACUGUUCACAAUGAGACAGCAACUGGUGUCACCAAUAACUUGGCCAAAGUCAGACAACUUCUUGAUGCAUACAACCAUCCAGCCCUCCUCCUGGUUGAUGGAGUGUCAUCCAUUUGUACUCUCGAUUUCAGCAUGGACAAAUGGGGAGUAGAUGUGGCUAUAAUAGGAUUUGUGGUUGCUAUCCCUAAAGCUAUUGAAGCUUCGAAAAUUGGUAAAUCACUUAGAGUUUUCUUUGAUUGGGCUGACUACCUCAAAUUCUACAAGUUAGGAACCUAUUGGCCAUACACUCCUUCCAUUCAGCUUCUCUAUGGUCUCAGCGCAGCCCUUGAUCUCAUUUUCGAGGAAGGACUUGAGCAAUGGGAUCCAGGAGUAAUUUUAGAACCUUGA